AUGGCCAAACCACCGCGUACCCUUCAAACUCGUCUCACAUACCUACUCAAACACUGGCCCGCUGAUGCUGUCCGGCCACCCUCCGUCUCAGUGCAAUCCUACCUACAAGCAGCCCUAGGCCAGAAACCCGAGACUGAUCCCAAGAAGAAGUCCGAAACACCGACACACACACCGCGAAUCUCCGAGUCUUCGGCAAAUUCGCUGCAAUAUCUACUAGAAGACCGCUUUGCGCGUCGCUAUCCAUUGACCUCGAAGAUCCGUCAUCCGGCCAGUGAUCCAGAUCACUAUGAUAACGUGGUGCGAGAAUUUGCAGAGGCGCCCAACCGUGACUGGAUGGGCCGCAUAUGGAAGCGAAUAGGUGGAAUCCUGCGCUUGCAGUGA